AGACUGUCUGUGCCGCUCGCGAGUUUUAGAUGCGCGCGGAGCAAAAAAAACUUAAAACACAAUUUCCUAAAUGAGACUGUAUCAAAGGACAAGUUUUUUAAACAGUCGUGAACGAUUAAAAGUCUGAAGUGAUUGUUUUUAGUUCGGUCGUUCAGUUUUUUUGUAAAUUGCUGUGAUUCGCGGUAUCGUGUUCUAUUGUUGAAAGCCACCGAUGUUGUUGUUUUAAGAGGAUGUUUUCGAUACCCAUGGUCCUAGGAAAUCGGUUUCUGGUUGGAUUUUGAUGGAAUUAUAAUCUCAGGAAGCUCCAUCGUCGUGUGGCAUGUUGCGGGGCUUGACCGCGCUGCUGGCGGUAGCCCUUUGCGCCGCCUCGCUGGAUUCCGAGCUCGGCGUCGGCAAAGCCAUCAACAUCUUUAUGAGAUAUGGCUACCUCAGCAUUUGCAUGCGCGUGGUCCCCCGCAACGAUACGGAGGGCUGGGUGUUCCGCGAACCCACGGUCAGUGUGUUCCGGGAUGUGGAGCGGCUCUCCGUGGCGCCCAAGCCGCGGCAGCCCAAGACCCUGUUCGACGGAGACUUCCACAUGGAGUUCUGCGAUAACCUGAAGCAGCUGCUGCAGGCCUACUUCAGGGACUUUAGCUUUGAGAGAUUAGAGCGCCCGUGGCGCGCGUUCACAGCCGGCUGGCCGACUGACAUCAUGGCUAGGAACCUGGGAAUCAACUCGUCCUUCAUCACUGGUGACCAUUGCUACGUGCUCGUCAGGGUCUCUAGAUACCGCGAAACAGCCAAGCUAAGCGACUUACCCACCAACAUACCCGUCGAGGACGUCGUCUUCGACGCCAUCCAGGAUUCCACCAUCGGAGACACGGUGUCCAUAGCCGACUUCAUCAGGAAAUACGGCUCGCACUACAUAUCCAGCUACAUUACGGGCAACUCGCUGUAUCAGGUAUUCGUGUUCUCACGGAGCGUGUACUCCCGUAUAAAAGACCGUGUGAAGUCCAAAGGCGUCACUAACAUCCCGCCGGCUGAGAUCAACAAUUUCUUCUCCCCGUUCUUCGCUGAGCACAUCGGCACGGUCAAGGUGGCCAGCGGCAACAAAACAGUUGAAAACUGGGCGAUGAAGCGUCUCCGGGUGCACUACUACAUAUUCUCGUACCCCAGUCUACUCAAACUGCACGGCGAGCCAUCUCUCCUGCGUAACCUUGACUCGUUGCUAGGCAACGAGGCACUGUUGCAGUUGGAACUCAAAACACUAUCGCCGGCGUUCAAGGACGUACGGAAGAAACGGUGGUUCGAGGAGGUCAUAGACAAUUAUUUGAAAUUGUGGGAGAGUAAUAUGUGAUGAACGGUAUUUUUAGGUUAUAAAAGUUUAGGUUUGUGGUUCAUGUCGUUUAAUAUGGCUUUGAAUUUUGAAAGAGAUAUUUAUUUCUAUGCUUACGUUGUAUGGGGUGGAUUUUAAAUUUACAUAAUAAUGUUUCAAUAUACAUAAUUAUUACAAGUUUAUUUUUUAUCGAAAAAUGUUUUUUUAAAGUGUGUUGUUAUUACCUAAUUUAAUUUAUUAAAAUUUGAAUAUAUUUUAGUAAAUUUAACUUAAUAGCAAUUGCCAAUUUUACAUAUAUUUUAUAUGCUUAUUUUUUAAUUGUUCAAGCCAUGUUAAACGAUUUUAACUACGUAUUAGCAAAUAAACGAUAAUUUUAAUACGUAUUAAAUAUAUAAAAAUAAUCUGUAUUAAAUUGGUGCUAAAAACCUUCCAAACAAAGAAAAGAAGAAGUUAUACAAUUUAAAUUAAUUAAACAUAUAAUUUAAUAUUGUUAUUUUGGAAAUGACAUAUGUAUUUCUUGGAUUUUAAUUUUUAGCGCAGUGUGCUAAUAGAAGGAAUUGUACUAGCUCAGUAUACUUAACUGCCAUAACAUGUUUAAGUACAACAUUUUUUCGUAUCAUGACGUAAAUGGACGUAAAUUCAAACAUAUUUCUACUUCAGAUAUAAUUUUAUCUUCCUAUUUUGUGAUUCAAUAUCGAAUUUACCAAAUAAUGACUAUAAUGACCAUAUAUUUGUGACUUUAUAAUUAGUCUAGCAUUACAUAAAUAAAAACAAAUUAGAUAUAAUAUUAAAUGUGAUUAUAGAUAUAAAAUCAAUGUAGACGCAGUGAAUUGAACGAACUACUUAUACAUAUAAGCUUUAGUUAUAAUAAGUAGUUAUUUUUUAAAUUAAUUUUGAAUAAUUAAGACACUGCUAAGCCAUUUUAAAUACGAAAUAUAAAUAAAUAUAAGUUAAUUUCAAUAUUUUUGUCGAUCUGAAAUGUUUACAUUGUUAUGGAGCUUUUGCUCAAACUGAAGAUAUUUUAGAAUAAAUAGGUAUGUAAUUAUAAAAUGUGCCUUUGAAAAUAUAUAUUCGUAACUUUCUGGUUAUGCUCAACUACUUCUGCUAUGAAUCUAAAUAUUUACUUACCUGUUAUAGGUAAUAUAAUUAUUAAAUUUGGUAGAACAAUAAUGUGUUCAACCUUUCAUUGAAUUGCUAUAUGGCCUGUGCCUUCUUCCUAAUAAUUAAUUUUUACAAUAGGUAUGAUUUACAUUUUGAAAUACUUUAAAAGAAAAUAAUAUUAUUUAUCAUCACAAGUAGUAUUCAAAAUUAUUAUUGACUUUUGAAUCUCCUCACAUUCGUCCAAAAGAUAGAAUAAGAUAGCAAAUCGUGCAAUUUAGUGUUGUAACGCAAUGCGGGAUCAAACUUGAGAAUGCAUUUAUUUUUACGUAUAAUUAUUAGUCAGUAAGAAAUGGAUGUAAAUAUUUUUUGGUAAUUAAUUAAAAAGUUAAAUGAAUAAAUUGAUUUAUGACUGAA